UAUGUUUUUCAUGCAUACGGUUGUAUAAAAUUGCAGUAUACAAACAGAGUAAGCUUGUCCGUCUUCACUGUUCAUCGUGCAGAGACGUUAAAGACACAGUUUUACAGCCAUUUACCGUUUUCAUAAAAUAAACUCUAGCAGAAAUAAUAAUAUUAUGGCUCUUGAAAUCAGGUAUUAAUUACAAUGCCAGAUCAUAUGAAAGACGAUAUCGAAUUCGUCACUGAAUUCUCAUGUUUAUUGGGUCAGUUCUUGGCACACCCAGUAUGUAUAAAAAUGUGAAAAUAUCGUCUUUGUAUUCAAUGAUGCCGAAAUCAACGCAAAUUUCAAUUUAUUCGUAGAUGAGAAAAUUCUAAUAAGAAAAACUUAAGAAUAUAAUUCCUAUUAAACAAAUGUUACAUGCAAUGACAGAGAAGGUCACCUUCAAAAUUAUUGAAAAUAAUUUUUUAAAACUCGCUCUCUUAAAUUUAUUUGAGAAUGAUUUGCGGCAUAAAUGCAAAUCAAACUGUUUGCUGCCGUCGGCUCAAUUAAUUGAAUCAAAUAUGAAGCGUUAAAGUAAAACUUUACAUUGUAAUAAAUGUAAAAUGCCUACAAUUUCAGAAUUUAAGAUACCAGUAAUAAGGUGUAUAUAGAAAUAAACUAUUAUGAAUCAACCAAUCAAUACAAUUUCGAUAUUGAAUGUGAAUUAUUUGCAGGAAAAAUGUCAGAAUCCUGGUAUCCUGUAGGAGCCAGUGGCGUUGAUUACGGGUAUAAUUACAGUCAAGAAACUGCUCCCAGUUACACCACAUACUCCGAACCUGUGGACGAGGAGGUCGGGGAAGGGGGUUCGGAGAGUCGAAAGGAAUGGGCAGAGGUGGAGUAAAUGGAUUUGAGGAGCAAUCUCGAAAGCGUGCUCGAGAACCCUCUCCUUCCCGCUGGCAUCAGGAGUACGAUAAACCUUUACCUGCAUCUAUACUAGAGAAGUGUACUGAUUCUAGAUGUGAUGUUUGUUCUCUACCCCUCAACGGUCCCUCAGUUUCUAGAUCUCACUACGAUGGGAAAGCUCACGAUAAGAAGGUAAAGAAGCUACUUGAGGAGAUGUUUCCUGAACCUGGAUCCGCUCCCAAGAAGCGUAAAGUAGAAGAUGCUGUUGUCAAACAAGAACCGUCGAUUGGAGAUGGAGUUACAGUUGUAAAUAUGAAGCUAAAUCAUUGUGAAGUUUGCAAUGUUUCGUGUUCAACUAAGCAGGUUUACGACACCCAUUUGAAUGGUAAAGGCCACGCAUCUAGGCUUAGAGCAAGUAAAAUGGAUUUGACCGGGUCCAACAAAUCCAGGUGUGACAUUUGUAACGUCAACGUAGCUAUGGAUCAGUUUCAAGCGCAUCUCAACGGAAAAAAUCAUAAGAAAAAGGAGAAAAGAAUGGCCGAAACUGCGGAUCAAAAGUUGACAUGUGACGUAUGCAGCGUAACUAUGACAGAUUUGGAAAAUUUUAACAAACAUAUGCAGGGGAAGAGGCAUAUGGAGAAUGUUGGCGAGGCUGCUGGUCAUGUUUCAGUAUUGAAGAAGCAUCGUUGUGAAAUUUGUCAGAUGGAUUUCUCGGAUGAUACUGCAUACACUGUGCACUGUGUUGGAGACGCACACAACCUGAUUGUUGAGAAGCUGGGUCAGCCUGAGACUUCGGUCAAAAUCAUUGACUACAGCAAGAUGUAAUCUUGUCUGAGGUAGUUUACGGUCUCUAUGUUUUUGUAAAAAUUAUUAAACUCAAUACCCAGUAGUUUAGAAAUUGUUUAAAUAACUGUGAAUUGUGAAAUUUAGAUCAAAACAAUUUCUUUUUGAAAUUAAACACACUUUUUCUAUGAAUCGAAAAGUUUCGUGGCUGAAUAACAAUUGUAAGAACAUACAUGGUAAUUUAUCUUAAAUAAUAGAAAAAGUUAAAGAAUGUCGUGAAGCCUAUAUUAAAUUUAAGAUUAAUUGAAAAUAGUUAAAACGAAAUUAACAAACAUGAGAAUUUUCAACUUGUAAAAUGAAAUGUUAACUAGAGGAUCAUUGUAAACUAGAGAACCAUAUUUUGUUCACAGGUUGUUAACUCAAAGAUCAUAUUGCUUCUCCUCGUUAACUGGAGGAUCAUAUAGUUUCUACCUUAUAUGGAGGAUAAUAUAAUUUCUCCUUGUUUACUGGAGGAUCAUAUAGUUUCUCUUUGUUAACUGGAGGAUAAUAUAGUUUCUCCUAGUUAACCGGUAGAUCAUAUAGUUUCUCCUUAUUAUUUGGAGGAUCAUAAAGUUUCCCCUUCUUAUCUGGGGGAUCAUAUAGUUUCUCCUUCUUAUCUGGGGGAUCAUACAGUUUCUCCUUGUUAACUGGAGGAUCAUAUAGUUUUUCCUUGUAAAAUGGAGAAUCAUAUAGUUUCUCCUUGUCAAGUGGAGGAUCAUAUAGAUCCUACUUGUUAAAAACGAUUUUAUGGAUUGAUAAAUUUUAAAAUUUGCACUUAAAGUUAAUAUUGAACUAUCAGAAAUAUCCGAAAAUGUUCUAAUUUAACUUAAUUGUAUUAUGUCUGCUGGGUUGAUGUGUUCUUAGUUUGUUCAACCUUUAUCUUUCUCUCUUCCUUAUUCUCUAUGUUUAUCUGUUUCAGAAAA